UUCUCUCUCUCCCUCUCUCUCUCUCUCUCUCUCUCUCGGGCUCAGGUGUUGUUUUUCUUCCAGCUAGCUUCAGGCGACGCCGCCGCCGCCGCCGCGGAUAGCACCGGCAUGGACGCCGCCGAGCGCACCGGCGGUCUGAGGACGCCGAUUUUAGCCGACGAGGAGGUGCGUGAUACCACCAACUGCUUCGCUGCCGCCGCGGCGGGCGCACACGCGAUUGCUAGCUGCGUCGACUCGCGUUCGCGUCGCGGGCUUUGGAGAGAAACCCAAGCGAGCGGUUAUUUUGGCUUGGUGCUUUGAUCCAAACCGUCCAGUGAACGACGAUGGACGGCCCACACAGCCACACAGGCAGGGCCUCCACUGUACCUGUGUGUGGUUGUAGCGGCCACUGCAUGAGUGCAGAGGGGCCUUUCUGUUUGGGAGUGGGUAUUUUUUCUGAAUUUCUACUCUCCAAAUGGGAUUCGAUGAGAUGAGACCGCGACUUUAUUUAGGAGUAGUACUUGUGUAGCAACUGCUUCAUUGUACUGUUUUGUUGGUCAAAAAGCAAGAAAGUGGUACUAGUAUACUGCAACUUUAGUUUUGAUUUUUUUUUUUUUUUGCCUGUUGUAAUGCUGUGCUAGGCAUCUUGUUCGAAUUGGGGCCUGGUAUCUCAGGAAACAAGUGUACAAAAGGUGCACAAGGUUGAGAGCUGCUCCGACAAGGCAUUGCUAAUCAUCUUGAGACGUUCUUCAUGGUGACAGUGCUUCCAACGUGGCGACUGUCAGUUCUUGGGCUGGAGCAAGCUACCUCAUGCCUAUCAUCGGCGCCGCCGUCGCCGAUUCUUGCUGGGGAAAGUACACGACGGCCAUGGCCGGCUUCUCCGUAGCUCUCGUCGGGAUGGCCAUCGUCACCGCGUCGGCCACGCUGCCGUCCCUGAGGCCGCCGCCGCGCGGGCGGAGCACCUACUGCGUCCCGGCGACGCUCAGCCAGGCGCUGGUCUUCUUCACGGGCAUAUACCUCUGCGCCGUCGGGAUCGGCUGCGCGAAGGCCGUGCUGAUCUCGUUCGCGAAGGAGCAGUUCGACGACGGCGGCAAGAACGCGCGGGAGCGGGAGAGUAAGGCGUCCUACUUCAGCUGGUACUACGCGGUGGCCAACCUGGCCAUGCUCACGGCGGGGACGCUGCUGGUUUGGGUGGAGGACAAGGUGAGCUGGGGGUUCGGGUACGGCCUGUGCGCGUCGCUCGUCGCGGUCGCCAUCGUCGUCCUCGCCGUGACGGCGCCCAUCUACCGGAUCCUGCCCCCGGUGGGCAGCCCGUUGAAGGGGACGUUCCAGGUGCUCGUGGCGUCCUCACGCAAGGCGAAAUUGACGGCGCCGGACGAUGCAACUGAACUGUUCGAGGACGAUGGUGCCAAGAACUCGUCGCUACAUCCAGUGUACGAACGAUUAGAGCACACGGACGAAUUCAGGUGUUUGGACAAGGCUGCCAUUGUCACCGACGAGGAUCUGGAAGACGGCGACCCGUGGAGGCUGUGCACGGUGACCCAGGUGGAGGAGGUGAAGAUUCUGCUGCGGCUGAUCCCGAUAUGGCUCACGUCGGCUGUCUACUUCGUCGCGAACACGCAGGCACAGACCACCUUCGUGCAGCAGGGCACCAAGACGGACAACAGCAUCGCGCGCGGCGCCGUCUCCGUCCCGGCCGCGUCGCUGUCGUCCAUCGAGAUGGCGUUCGUCGCCGUCUCCGUCACGCUCUACAACAGGGCCGUCGUGCCCGCGGCGCGCCGCUGCCUCGGCCGCGCGGAGGCGUUCACGCCGCUGCAGCUCAUGGGGUUCGGGCACGCCGCGGCGGCGGUCGCGGUGGGCGUGGCCGCGUGCACCGAGGCGCGCCGGCUGCACGCGGCCAGGGCGGGGGAUCCCGCCAUGGGCAUCGCGUGGCUGCUGCCGCAGUACCUCGUGAUGGCCGUCUCCGACGCGUCGCUCACCGUCGGGCAGCUGGAGUUCUUCUACGACCAGUCGCCGGAGACGAUGCGGGGAGCGUCGACGGCGUUCUACUUCCUCUCCAUCUCGAUCGGGAACCUGCUCAACUCGCAGCUCGUGACUCUGGUGGCGAAGGUGACCGCGGCUGGGGGCAGCGUGGGGUGGUUUCCGGCGGACCUGGAUGACGGUCACCUGGAUCUCUUCUUCUUGCUCGUCGUGGCCAUCACUGCGGUGAACUUCGCAGUUUACAUUGCCCUCGCCAAGAACUAUACGCCCAAGAAGAUUAAAUCGAAAUUUGACCAGAGAAGACAAGGUUGAAACAGUCAGGAUUUACUGAUUUAGAUUAGUGGUGAUUAAUUUACACCAGUGCUAUUCGAUUAGUAGAAUGCAGUGUAAAAAAACAAAACAAAGUUUUCAUUCCUAUAACUUGUAUUGUCUUAAAAAA